AUGGGGCUUUUGCCCCUCCCACUUCCUUUAGAUCAUCAGACCCAGCCCGAAGCUGGACCUUCCACCUCAUCCAGUCAGACCACCUCGACAACUACGGCUACACCUCCUACAUCACCUAUCCCAUGGUCUUUGCGUACUCGCAAAAGACGUAGGAAAGAGGGCAGUGAAGAUUCAACCUUCUCUUCUAAUUAUACACCUUCGACGUUCUCUAAUCCAAGUCAAGAAUCACCUCCUCUACCAUCUCCUUCUGCUUCAACCUCAACUUCAACGGACCCACCAUCCAAGGCUAGACCCAGACCAGUCAGUCUUAGAGGAGGAGGCAAAAGACCCAAGAAACAUAACAACAAUACCACCAACUCCAAACCGGAUUCUCAAACUUCCUCUUCCAUCUCCACCGGUCCUAACGGUAAACCACGUCAUAAGAAGCCAGACGGCCAUGGACACGGACAUGGACAUACUAGACGAACUACUCGAUCUAAAGCGAAGAGAGCUUCCAGCCCUUCAGAUCUGGUGACGACUUCGCUAGAGGAGAUAGCAUUGGAAGAUACGGCUGUGAAGAGUGAGAUCGCUAGACUAGGAUUGACAUUGAGGGAUGUAAAAGGAGAUGGCAAUUGUUUGUUUCGAGUUCUGUCGGAUCAAGGGUUUGGUGGUGAGAAACGUCAUGCCGAGAUACGCAAAUUGGUGUGCGAUUAUCUAGAGACUCAUAAGGAUGUGAUGGAAGGUUUCGUAGUGCCGUUUAUGAAGGAUGGUGAGGGAUAUGAAGGUUAUGUAGCUAGGAUGAGGCAAUUGAAACAAUUCGGCUCUCAUAUUGAGAUACAAGCUGCUGCAAGAGUUUUCAAGCGGAAUAUUCGAGUAGUCAUGUCAACCACCUCGUUCACUAUCCCCUGGCAGACAGAAGCUGGUCCGUCCAAGGAUCCACCAGCCACGCCCUCACCCUCCGAAGUCGGUCCUGUACCCAUCACACCUUCCCAUCGUACUCGAUCCAAGACUGUUCAUACUCCUCAUCUUCCUUCGAUACCUCUACCCGAUUAUCUACCUACAGUGAAAGAGGAUAGUUCGAUGUUAUGGCUCGCCCUGUUCUCUCAAGCUGAGCAUUUUCAAUCUGUUCGCUGUAUGGGUGAUCGAGAGCAUGGUCCAGCGGAAAUCCAAGAUAAUCUCUCGGUCCCGCAUGCCAGAGACGUAUCUGAAGCUGCGAGGAGAGAAAGGGGUGAACUUGUGGACGAAAAGAAACCCAAGACACCUUUAUCGCUAUCGUCGAAAAUCACUCAGUUGCUCAAUAGCUUACCUUUAGGACAUGGUAUUUCGCCUGAAGAAGCUCAAAACGUGCUGGGUAGAACCCGUGGGGAUAUAGGCGAGGCUGUGGAGAUAUUGUUGGAAGAGAUUAACCAAGAGAAAGAAGAAGGUGAAGCCGGAGGUGGCUCAGGGACAACUACAACUGAGAGCGGUGGAAGCGAUUCAGGUUCGAGUGAUCAUGUUGAACAAAUGCUUUUGUCGCCUAGACUACCAACUACCAACACUAUACCCUCAGGUCCGACCGAAUAUAGAUCGGACGAUCAGGUUAGAUCAAGAUUGAAUACUUCUGAAAGUCCAAGUAAUACAGCUACCGCUUCUACCGAAUCUCGCUCUAGAUCAAGAUCAAGAUCUAGGUCCAAUAGUGAAAGCGAUACCUCGAUCCAAUCUGGUCAUACAAGUCAAACCGAACCUUUCAUUGAAGAAGGAAAAGACGGUUCAAUAAAUCGAGGAGAUGAUAGAGCGUUACAACCCAGUACUAGCACGAAUAAGCUGAGUGAUGGAAUCAAAGAUAUGAAGGUGGAUACGUCAGAGAUGAACAUCGACCGACCACAGCUCAUUGCCUCAGCUAAACCGAAUGGUGAGGACUCGAGCAGAAAAUCAAGAGGUUUGCAUAUGGAUAGAGAAAGGAGGAGAUCAUCCAGGUUAGGUACGGUAGGAGCGUAA